UUCCGGGUGCGCGGCCCCGGAUGUUGGCUGCUCCCGCUGCUCCCGCCGCUCACGGCGCUGCUUGGGGCUUCGGCCGUUCGCUCCAGGCGCAGUUGGGAUCUUACGAGGGGGGAGGAGACGCACGCAGCGGCCGGGGGCUCGGCCGGGCCGUCCGGCCUGCACAGACAGAGAUUCUCUUUGUGGCCAGAUGGGUUUGUAUGGACAGGCUUGUCCAUCUGUAACUUCAUUAAGGAUGACAUCUGAACUGGAGAGCAGCCUAACAUCUAUGGACUGGUUACCACAGCUUACCAUGAGAGCAGCCAUCCAAAAAUCUGAUGCUACACAGAAUGCACAUGGAACAGGAAUUUCCAAGAAGAAUGCACUCCUUGACCCAAAUACAACCCUGGACCAGGAAGAAGUCCAACAGCACAAAGAUGGGAAACCUCCGUACAGUUAUGCCAGCCUCAUUACAUUUGCAAUUAAUAGCUCACCCAAAAAGAAAAUGACUCUCAGUGAGAUUUACCAGUGGAUUUGUGAUAACUUCCCGUAUUACAGAGAGGCUGGCAGUGGUUGGAAGAAUUCCAUACGACAUAAUCUGUCACUGAACAAGUGUUUCCUUAAAGUGCCUCGAUCCAAGGAUGACCCUGGAAAGGGGUCCUAUUGGGCAAUAGACACCAAUCCGAAGGAAGAUGCCCUACCUACUCGGCCAAAGAAGAGAGCACGAUCUGUAGAACGGGCCUCAACUCCAUAUAGCAUAGAUUCAGAUUCUUUGGGAAUGGAGUGUAUUAUUUCGGGAAGUGCCUCUCCAACUCUGGCAAUCAACACUGUGACUAACAAAGUAACAUUGUACAACACUGAUCAGGAUGGUAGUGAUAGCCCACGCAGUAGCCUUAACAACAGUCUCUCAGAUCAGAGUUUGGCAUCUGUUAAUUUGAACAGUGUUGGAAGUGUGCAUAGUUACACUCCGGUGACAAACCACCCAGAACCACUCUCUCAGUCAUUAACUCCUCAACAGCAGCCACAGUACAACCUUCCAGAGCGAGACAAACAACUACUUUUCUCAGAAUAUAAUUUUGAAGAUCUCAGUGCCUCAUUUCGGAGCCUUUAUAAAUCAGUUUUUGAGCAGUCACUUAGUCAACAAGGUUUGAUGAACAUCCCUUCUGAAUCUUCCCAGCAAUCCCAUACUUCAUGUUCCUAUCAGCACUCUCCUAGCAGUACAGUGAGCUCUCACCCACACAGCAACCAAAGCAGCCUCUCCAACAGUCAUGGCAGUGGCCUCAACACCACAGGCAGUAAUUCAGUUGCACAAGUCUCGUUAUCCCACCCCCAGAUGCACACACAGCCAUCUUCACAUCCACCCCAUCGACCGCACGGUUUACCACAGCAUCCGCAGCGCCCCCAGCCCCCAGCCCCGCACCCGCAGCAACACAGCCAGCUCCAGUCCCCUCACCCCUCUCACCCCUCUCCACAUCAGCACAUACAGCACCACCCGAACCAUCAGCAUCAGACGUUAGCACAUCAGGCGCCCCCACCCCCACAGCAGGUAUCCUGUAAUUCUGGUGUUUCAAAUGAUUGGUAUGCAACACUUGAUAUGCUAAAAGAAAGCUGUCGAAUUGCCAGCAGUGUUAAUUGGUCAGAUGUAGACCUUUCACAAUUCCAAGGUUUGAUGGAGAGCAUGAGACAGGCAGAUCUCAAGAACUGGUCUUUAGAUCAGGUUCAAUUUGCUGAUCUCUGUUCUUCUCUUAAUCAGUUCUUUACACAAACUGGCCUUAUCCACUCACAGAGUAAUGUUCAGCAAAAUGUCUGUCAUGGUGCCAUGCAUCCAACAAAACCUAACCAACACAUUGGAACAGGAAAUUUGUACAUAGACUCCAGGCAAAAUCUCCCUCCUUCAGUGAUGCCACCCCCUGGUUAUCCUCAUAUCCCACAGGCACUCAGCACUCCAGGAACAACGCUUGCAGGCCAUCACAGUGCCAUGAACCAGCAGCACAUGAUGCCUUCCCAAGCCUUCCAGAUGCGGCGCUCUCUGCCACCAGAUGACAUCCAGGAUGACUUUGAUUGGGAUUCAAUUGUGUAGAGCUUGUUUCUGCAAUGUCCUAGAACCCAGCAUCAUUUUUCUGCGCAGUGAAGGGAAAGAUUUAAGAGAAUCCAGUUGAGAAAACAAAGUUGCUAAUCACUUUACCAAUGUUAUGGAAAUUUCUUUUGAAGACAAUCAAAAAGAUUUUAGCUGGAUAACUUACUGCUUUUAUCUGACCCACACAAGUACUACAUGUUUGUCUCCCUGCCAGCUGCCUUGUGUAGCUCCUAACUGUUGUGUGAUUUGAACAGCUUUUGCAUAUUUGUGUCAGUUUGAUGUUGACCACAAGUGCCAGACUGAUUUUUCAGACAGAGCCUAUUUUGCUGCAAGCAGUUUAUAGAUACAUAUGUGUAAAUAUAUGUAUAAAAGUAAUGAUUCAAUUUUUUUUUCUAAUUGGAUUACUAAGUCUUGAAAAGAAAGUUACUGUGAGUUUUUAUUCCUUGUUAGGCAGUUUUCUGCAGGAUGCUUUUAACUGAUAGAGGUAACUGAAAGGAAAUAGAUUUCUCAAAGCCCCGUAUUUAAUCUUUUUCAGAAAUUGGGUAAUGAAUUCUACUCAGUGAGUCAGAGAACCUGGACUUUGUUAGUCUCCAAGCAGUCCAAAGGGCCAUGUUGUUGGUGAGCAGAAUGAAGGACUGACCACAUUUUUUAGAUGCUUGGUGGAUUAUAGAGUUUAUGUUAUAUAUCCUCUUAAUAUUUGUUUUCCUAAAUGUGCAUUUUAAUAGUUCUAAAAUUUAUUUGAUUGAUUAGAAGCUGGGCAUUGCUUGGCUCUUUAAACAAAUCAAUGCCUCCACAUUCACUUAUGUAUUUAUUGUUCAAAAGUGUUAUUGUAAUAUUUAUUGCCACCUUCUGUGAAUGCUCCUGUUGGGUUCAUUAAGGAGAAAUGUGUCUGAAAGCAAAGAAUUAUUUUCCUUGGUCAGAGUUUACAGACAAGACAAUCAGAGAGAUUGUGUCAUUCUCUUUAUCAUCACUCAUUUUACCAUGUGAGUAUAUUUGUCCAUCUUAACAUGCCUAGUGAUUGAGACUUAUUGGCUAAGUGGGAUUCUUCUGGAAUUUGAAUUGGAGUUCAUUUGGGCAACAGAACAGGGCAAUGUUUAUGAAGCAAACUCCUGCACUCAUUCUCUUUCCAACUAGGAAGCACAGAAGGAACGAUAGAGCCCACGUAGGUUUUAUUUGUAUCAGUCCUCAGCACAGUUAUUGUUAAGUGGCCUGUAGUUUCUCUUGUCCCGUGUGUCUCCAUGUGCAUGACAUUUGGUCACUUUCUUUGAAAUGCAGCCUGCCUCUUAGGGGUUUGUGUUAUUAAACGUUUGUUUUUUAUUUUUUUUUAUAUCGUAUCACAGUUAAUUUACAUGGAUUUUCUUAGUUUUAUAAUAAGACUAAAAGAAAUGAGAUAUUUUUUGGUAAAUGAAUAGAUUUUUAAUUGGAUCCUCAGACAAAAAACAAAACAAAACAGGAUUUCUUUCAGUUCUAAUGGGGAAAUAAGUUCCAUCAAGUCAUGGAGUAGUAACUGUUCACUCUAGUCACUAUCAGCCAUACUUAAAUCACUUUAAUUAGCCUCAUUGAUUCUGUGGUUGAGUAAUCUCUACCUGAACUAAACAAAUGUCUUUGUUUCUGUAUGUGUGUAGUGAGAGUGUUUGUGAAUGUGUGUGGGUAUUUUCUUUAAUGGAGUGUUGCUUUGAAUGAAUCACUGGGAAGCCAGCCAUGGUAAAGGCUGGUGAGGCUGGGAAAAAGGAAGGGCUUUAUCUUCCUGUUGUUUGGACCUUGCUUAGCAUGAAAAAGGAAGCUCAGUUCCAGCUUCUUGGAUCAGUGAAAAUCAGAGGGUUCUGGAAAGGCAGUCAAAAAGCCCCUCUCAGAUGGAUCAGAGGCAAGAUGAGAGCAGCAGCCUGCAGGGUAAAAACUUGAAAAACACGUCGCAGUGAUUUUUGGUAGUUUGCUCAAGUCACUUGAUAUACCAAAAUAGCUGUUUUGAAACUUUAAAUUGGUUGGGUAGUGAUAUGCACUUUAAAUAAUUUGGGUAUUGGAAUGCAGUCUCUUCUAUUAAGUGAUUCAACUAGAAACCACUGAUGACGAUUUUACAAAUUGUGUAAAGCUAAUUUCCCAUUUGGCAAUCUUUACUGAUUUGCAGUAAUCAAUAUUUUUGUGAGAAUUUAAACUUAACUAAGAAUGGCCCUGGAGGCAGAGCCCCCACCCAGACCCAACCCAUUCUUGAGAUUCAGGUGGCCUAGGAGUCCAGGAAAGUCUUCUCAGUGGUCUGCAACCAGAUGGGGUUACCCAGGGUGGGGGUACAAAGGACCACUGCAGUGGCCAUUUCUAUUGGUAGUUGUUAACACAGAGCAAGUUCUGUUUUGUUCUUAAAUUAACUGAAGACUUUUGGGGAAAAGAAUAAUAAAUGCAUAUAAUCAAAUUGGGGGUACUCUGUCCAGGAGAAUAAUCCGACUGGCAUUUGUGGCUGUUUUUGAAGUGUAAAUGUAUUCAUGUGUGUUCUUGUAAAUACAUGUCUCUCAGAUGUCCUUUGAAGAGGGAGGGAAUCAGUCUGGGGAUUAUUUCAAAUGGAAUAGAGUAUUUUGAUACUGUUCAUUCAAGGGUGAUGUGUACAUAUCUAUAUUGUAUAUAUGUGAUGAAAAUGCAUUGGCUUUUUGUGCAAACACAAUCUGCUCUCUGUACUGCUGUUGGACAGUCAGUGUUUUAAUGUUUCUACAGUUUUGCUAUUGCACGAUUUCAUAUUUUGCCUCUAUGAUGAACGGCACCCAUUCUUUGUAACUGUUUAGUGCUGUAAAGAAAUAUUUCAAGUGUCAUUAGGAUUGUUGCUGCCAGAACUGAUAUGCAUGAAUGGCACUUAAAAUAAAUAUAUUAACUCUAUUUA